CUCAUCCUCCGACCAAGCGGGCUGGGCUGUUUGAUCGAUGCUGAUCCAAGAACAGGAGCAGAACCCUGCCUAGAGACCCCGAGGGUUUACAUCAGUGCCACUGACCUGAAUGAGCCUGAUGCCGGAUGGCCAAACCCACAUGGAGGCUCAGUAUGCAGAGGAGAGCCCAGGACCCAGGAACUUCCAAGCAAAGCCAAGAGACCCACUGCAGAGGCCCGAAGUCCAGCAGCACCCCACCUCUCUGGCAGGGUGCCGGGGCGCAGGACAGCGCUGCUGUGCGGGGCUGGGAGCCUUGGUGCUGCUGGCUGGUGUGAGCGUCGGCUCCUGGCUUCUCGUGCUAUAUCUGCGGCCGGCGACCUCUCAGCCCACUCCUGGGACUCUGCAGGAUGAGGAGAUCCCUUCGAGCUGCUCUGAGACCAGCGGUGCGGAAGCCCUGUUCCCCACGCUGUCCAGAACAGUAUCUUUCAGAAUAAACAGCGAGGACUUCCUGCUGGAAGCACAGGUGAGAGCACGGCCAGACUGGCUCCUGGUCUGCCACGAGGGCUGGAACCCUGCCCUGGGGGUACGGAUCUGCCAGAGCCUGGGGCAUCUCAGACUCACUCACCUCAAGGGAGUGAACCUGUCUGACAUCAAGCUCAACAGCUCCCAGCGGUUUGCUCAGCUCCCUCCCAGACUGGAGGGCUUCCUGGAGGAAGUGUGGCAGUCCAGGAACAGCUGCGCUUCCGGCCAAAUCGUUUCCCUCAGAUGCUCUGCGUGUGGGGUGAGGCCCCUGGCCUCCCGGAUAGUUGGUGGGCAGGCCGUGGCUCCUGGGCGCUGGCCCUGGCAAGCCAGUGUGGCCCUGGGCUCCCGGCACACAUGCGGGGCCUCCGUGGUGGCGCCCCACUGGGUGGUGACGGCUGCUCACUGCGUGCACAGUUCUAGGGUACCCCGCCUGUCCAGCUGGCGGGUCCACGUGGGGCUGGUCAGCCACAGUGCCGUCAGGCCUCACCAGGGGGCUGUGGUGGAGAGGAUUGUCCCCCACCCUCUCUACAGCAGCCAGACUCACGACUAUGACAUCGCCCUCCUGCGGCUCUGGACGCCACUCAACUUCUCAGACACCGUGGGUGCUGUGUGCCUGCCAGCCAAGAAGCAAGAUUUCCCAAGGGGAUCACAGUGCUGGGUGUCUGGCUGGGGCCACACCAACCCCAGCCACACCCACAACUCAGAUACGCUCCAGGACACGUUGGUGCCCCUGCUCAGCACCGAGCUCUGCAACAGCUCCUGCAUGUAUAGUGGGGCGCUCACCCCCCGCAUGCUGUGUGCUGGCUACGUGGAUGGGAGGGCUGAUGCGUGUCAGGGUGAUAGCGGGGGGCCCCUGGUGUGCCUGGACAGGGGCACCUGGCACUUGGUGGGGGUGGUCAGCUGGGGCCGUGGCUGUGCGGAGCCCAAUCACCCGGGCAUCUACGCCAAGGUUGCUGAGUUCCUGGACUGGAUCCAUGACAUUGUGAGGGUCCACUAAAUGGAGGAGAAGCGGCAGCCUCAGAUGCCGAAGGCACGGGACCUCCUACCACACAAGACAGUCACCACCUGUGGGCCAGCCUUGCUCAUGUAACAGGAGAGUGGGUGGGGCUGGGCUGGGAGUCAACUGGUAGCAGUUCUGUGCCUGCCCUUCUGCCUCCCCCCCCCCCCACCUUGUGCAUAUCUUUUGGGAGGAUGCUCAGGGACACCCUGCAACCACUCUCUCCGUGUGCUCUCCUGCGGGGCAGGUGCCACCCUAGAGGAGCCCCUGGCUCAAGGCAGGGCCAAGCGCAUGGAGUCAAGGACCCUCACCCUCCCCACUCUGCAGUCUUUCUCACCUACUGCCUGUUCGUUCCCUCCUGGCUCUGACUGGCACUGUGGGGUGGGGGUGCAGGAGCCCUGUAAGAGUGCUCUGGUUGGCACUGGGAUAGGGUGUUGGUUUAUAAAUGACAGUUCUGCGAACUGGUCCAAGGCGUGUUGUUAUUAAAGUGAAAUGAUGUUUCGUCUAGGUCUGCCUCUCAUUCUCAGUCUCUCUUUCUGUCUCUCUCUCUCUCUCUCUCUCACACACACGCUAAGAUAUAGUAUUUUAAUUUUCUCCUAUGCAUGUUAAAGCUCUAGAACGGGGCUCCUGCUCAUCUUUCUAGAAUUUUGGCAUUCACUUAUUUAAUUCUUUACAUUUCUUAAGUCCACACCACAUGAUCUACAGCAGAAAGCCCCAGCUCUCUAGGUGGGCUACAGCCGCAGGCCUGAGAGCCAUUAAGUCAUUGCUAUCUUAGGAGGGCCUGGCUUCCCAAGACCUGUGUCUCCUGAGCUGCGGUCUUAGCACUGGGCCUCCCGUCUUGGGGAGAUUUCCUUCUGAGUUUAUGCCCAGUUAGCAUUUUCCUGGUUCAGCUUCUCCCUGACUCUCUCCCUACCCUAGCAAUUAAAAUACACUUGGCAUCUUGUUUCUAAAAACUGCAAUAAAUUUUUUAUGGUGCUUACCCAAGGAA